GGCAGAGCGAGCGAGCGCCCGGCGAACGGGCCGGGGACGCGGCGGCGGCGGCAGCAAGAUGGCGGCCAAGUCGGAUGGCGGCGGCGGCGGCGGCGGCGGCGGCGGCAGCGGCUUCGCCCAGCUGCACAACCUGGACGAGGCGGCGGCGGCCACGGGCGGCGGCGUCGGGGCAGCGGCGGCCGAGGUGGCGGAGGAGCCGGGCGCAAGCAGCUCCUUGCACAUCUGCCACUGCUGCAACACGUCGUCUUGCUACUGGGGCUGCCGGAGCGCCUGCCUGCGGAACCUCUUCGGGCGGGCCGCCGCCACCGCCGCCGCCGAGCCGCUGGCCCCGCGCCCCCCCGCCGCCGCCGCCGAAGGGCCGCCGGAGGGCGGCGAGGCGGCCGAGCGGCCGUGGCUGGACUGCCUGUGGAUCGUGCUGGCGCUGCUGGUGCUGCUGGGGGAUGUGGGCACGGACCUGUGGCUGGCGCUGCACCACUACGGCCGGCGGGACUACUUGUGGUGCGGCCUCACCCUGGCCUUCGUGCUGCUGCCCUCGGUGCUGGUGCAGAUCCUGAGCUUCCGCUGGUUCGUGCAGGACUACACGGGCGGCGGGCUGGGCGCCGUGCAGGGGCUCAGCAGCCGCGGGCCGCCCAUGAUGGGGGGGACCGCGGGCCGGCGUGGGGGACCCGCCGGCGGGGUAGGAGGAGCCGGCGGCACCGCCACCCCCGGGGCGCAGCGCCUCUGCAGGAUCUCCGUCUGGGUCUGGCAGUCCGUCAUCCACCUGCUGCAGAUGGGGCAGGUCUGGAGGUAUAUCCGAACAAUGUACCUGGGGAUCCAGAGCCAGAGGCGGAAGGAACACCAGCGGCGUUUCUACUGGGCUAUGAUGUACGAAUAUGCAGACGUGAACAUGCUGCGCCUCCUGGAAACGUUCCUCGAGAGCGCCCCUCAACUGGUGCUACAGCUCUGCAUAAUGAUCCAAAAGAACCGUGCAGAAACAUUACCAUGUGUGUCCUCUGUGGCCUCCCUGAUGUCCCUGGCUUGGGUGCUAGCCUCCUAUCACAAGCUUCUUCGGGACUCUAGGGACGACAAGAAGAGUAUGAGCUACAGAGGGGCCCUCAUCCAUCUCUUCUGGCGCCUCUUCACCAUCUCAUCCCGAGUUAUUUCUUUUGCUCUCUUUGCUUCCAUCUUCCAGCUCUACUUUGGGAUCUUUGUAGUGGUCCAUUGGUGUGCCAUGGCUUUCUGGAUCAUCCAUGGUGGGACAGAUUUCUGCAUGUCUAAGUGGGAGGAGAUCCUCUUCAACAUGGUGGUAGGGAUUGUGUACAUUUUCUGCUGGUUUAAUGUCAAGGAAGGGCGGACUCGAUACCGAAUGUUUGCGUAUUACACGGUGGUCCUGACGGAGAACGCUGCCUUGACGCUCCUUUGGUAUUUUUACAGAGAUCCUGACACCACUGACUCCUAUGCCGUGCCAGCACUGUGUUGUGUCUUUCUUAGCUUUGCUGCUGGGAUAGCUUUGAUGCUGUUAUAUUAUGGUGUGCUGCAUCCCAUGGGGCCAAGAGCUAAGAUCUUUGCCAGCUCCUGUUGCGCCGAGCUGCUCUGGGGCAUUCCUUUGCCCCCCGAUGUUGAGCCCAUGGCGCCCCAAACCCCUGGGUACCGGGGGGCCCAGGCUACGCCCACCAGAGCGGUCACGGAGCAACAGGAGGAACUCACAGCUGACACUUGCUUGCCCGUUUUCCAGGAAAACAAAACAUGAAAAGUCGGGAUUAAAAAAAACACAAAAAACACAAAAAACAAACAACAACAAAACAACCAACAAAACUUCUUCAAACGGUAAUAACCUGUAAAACUGACUCACGUCUCGAGAUGAAUUUGGUGCUUUGUAUUUCUGUUGAUGUUGUUGUUGUGAUUUAGCUGAGAAAAUUCUUCGACUCGGUUACAUGUGGGGAACUGCUGAUAAAAACUGUCUCGUGUCACCCUCUACUGUAAGUACAUGGCGAGAAACAACAACCAGAGGAAACCCAAGAGCGUAGCGAGAGCGCCGUGGUUUAGCUUAGCCUUCCGCCGCCAGGAGAUGCUGCCACCUCCGAUGUUGGCAAAGCCCAGACGGUCCCGCCGAGGGCUGUGGGGUUGUCUUGACAUUUCCAAAUAACCCGCUCGGUGUCUGAACAUUCUCAUCUCUCUCGGAUUCUGUUUCAGUGCUGGAAUAUCUUGGGGUUUUUUUCGAGUUAAAUCAUCGGGUUUGCGUCUAUCUGACACCCUUUUUCCGUUUCGAGAGUAUUGCUCCUUUAAAGGAAUAUUCCCGUUUCAGGGCAUCUUUUCAAUCCCACCAUCCCUCUACUUGGGAGGGGAAAAACAACAACAACAAAAUGAGAUAUUUUUAAGUGAAUGCUGUAGUAUUUUCUGUGUGUAAUUGCAAUUUUUUAUUCCAGAAAUACUGUAACUGUCUAGGGUGCAAAACUCCCAUGCUGGCCUAUUCUGAAGAGAAGAUCAGCAUGGAGGGAUAUUUUUUAAUUAUGAUUAUUAUUUUUUUUUAAUUUCAGGAAUCAGUUGGUUUUUUUAAUUAUGAUAGCAUUUAAAGAAACUAGUACCAAUUUUAUAUAACAGUUUAAAGAAGCUGAAUGCUUUCUUCGCCUGAAUAUACCUGAAGAGAAACAUUUUUUUCAAUCAGUGAUCCUUUGCAGUGUUCUGAGAAAACGUUGGGGUUUCUUCAGUUGUUUCAUUUUUUUUUGUAAAGGAAACUUUCAACUGGUGUCUGUCCCCUUCAAGGAGGGCAGGACUCCUUCACGCCAAACUAUAGACACACGGCAAAGUUUAUACAAAGCCAAAUUGUCAGUGGUACUGUAAUUCCCAGUCAAACUCCAUUUCAGGCAGAUGUUUCUGGGCUCUGAUUACAACCAAUGUGAUGGUCACAUUUUCAUGCAAAGGGAGGGAUUUGGUCUUGUCAUCCCCUGUCUAACUCCCCAGUCCCUUGUUUGCUGUGCACAUAAAUACAUAUAUAUAUAUGUAUAUAUAUAUACAUGAACUGAUAUAUAUUUGUGAAAAGCUUUCAUUUCCCUUCUCCGUUGUCUGUGCCCCACAGCCAGUUCCUUCUCAAGUGUUCUACUAACAUUUCACCCUGUUUCUCCCUGAUCAGUGUGCUGUCUCCAUAGAAAGAGGUAAUUUGUGAAGUGAACUCGCUGUCCCCACCUGCUGAGUCCUAAAAACACAGAGGUGCCCAUCCUCCAGCUACAGGCCUGCAUUUCUCCUUCCAGAAUUUUCUUUUGACUUGCCUUUAAUGUGAGUGUAGACUUAUCUUGAUCUAAUUCCCCAUGUAAAGACUCGCUUUGGUCCUUGCAUGAAGAGCUCUCCUCCUCACAUCUGCAUUUCCGUGGCAAAAGCAUGAGAAAGGAAUGGAUGGCAAACAGCCCUGCUGUUCCUCGGGGACCAUUUUUCCAGGAGGUGGCAUUCUUGUUUUCAAAAGCACCCUAAGAAGGUCCUGCUCCCCAAACUCGUCAGCCUUGAGGUCUGGAAAUGUGGUGCUGAUCACUGACCCCAUUGAACAGCCAGACCCUUCCCACCAGGACAGCGACAACGAGCCAAGGCACAGUCACCAGGUGCCAGGAGGAGGAGACCCUUCAGUGUUGCCUCUCAUGAGCAACUCCAGCCUGCCUUCCCUCAGGAACGGGAUCUUACUCCACACCACCACACCAACAGCUGUCGCCUCUGCCCUGUGCCAGGAGCGGAGGGGCAAAACACUCUGGAAGUGUCCUUACUUCUCAAUGCAGUGCUAACUUCUCACAACCAAACCAGCUUAACCAAGGGCUUGACACAUCCCUGUUCCAAAGCCCUCCUCCUUCGUGGCUCGUAGUGUGGAUAACAACAAAGGCAGGUGCCUCCACUGCAUGUUAAGACUGUUUCACUACUUGCAUAAACUUUCUGCCUCCGCUUCUCCUUUCUUUGAAUGAUAUCCAUCAGCACCUCCAUUUAGCAAAGGAUUUCCAGGGAGAGCUUGUGUCGUCCCUGAAGAACUAUUUCUUUCUCCAGGACUUCAUUACAGCCUUAACAUAAAGCACGUGCUCUGCCACUACUCCCAACACGUUCCUGGUGGACAGUUUGGGGUGGUGACCAUUUCCUUUUGGGAUUACCUGUGAUCUUGUUGCCAAACAGCGCCUUUUGCCAAGCCAAAAGCUCAGGGUGGAAAACUACCCCAGCCCUAUAUUGGUACUAAUCCCAGUGCUAGGAGUCUCGUCCUCUCCUCCUGGUUUGUUUUUUUUUUGCCCUUUGAUUUUUUGGUGUGCACUUUUGCAGGAUGGUCAGCAACUUCUUUUGGUUUCACUUUGAUUUUAACUCCUCAGCUUUUCCCUGGUACCUUUUUUAUACCAUAUCCCAUGUUCUGGCCAGAAGAUACUGCAUGAGGAGCUUUUCAAACUGCCAUGGAGAAGGUCGAGCCUGAAUCUAUUCACCAGAUUGGUGGGCAAGUUCUCUGGCACAUUUGUGGUGCUGGAUUCACCCUGGGAUCAUCUAAACCAGCCAACUGUGCCAUGCCAGGGCAAUGCCGAGGCACGAGGGCUCCACCAUCCCGACUGUUAUUAUUCAAACCUUCCCUGGCAUGGUUUUGAUCCACUCCAAGGAGUCCUGGGCUCAGGCACAGCUUGCCCAGGCUUUGGCACUGGCCAGAGACCGUCCCCAGUUGACAGUUUGGAUGCAGGUGCUCCACAUCAGGGGUGGAAGAUUUUCAGAAUCAGGAUGGGGCCAGCACUACUCAGUUGACUUUGUGGCCAGAACGGAUCCUGGAAGUGCUUAAUUUCCUGACAAAGAUGUAACUCCAUGCCACAGACCAGGAUGCAGGAGGUGGUGGAGUACGUCAGCUCUGAUCAGGCAUUUUUCUGUUUUCUGCUUGAUUCAAUGGACAAGUUAUUUUUCAGUUCACUUUGUUCCCUUUGCUGAGGUUGUUUUGCAAACUGCAUCACUUUUAUGGCUCGGAUGUCAACCCAUCCAUCCCUCCAUCCAUGUCAGAUGGAUGGCAUGUUUACUGUGAUAGUGUUACACAUCCAUAGGCAGCUAAUUCAGAGAGAGGAAUCAUUCAGACCAGAGCAAAUCAACAGUGGAAACACAGGAAUUACAAGGUCCUUGCCCAUGCCCUUGUCAUGCUUUGCCACCCACAUGAGGCAUUUUUCAUCUGCAGCUAAUCCAACCUGAACUGUAGAAGAGGAGCCAAUGGUGAAUAUUUACCAUUCCAAAGUGCAAGUGAGACACCCAUUUCAAGUGUAAAUAUAUAUAUUUUCAGUGUUUGGGAUUGGAGCUACUUCUCUGCUUCACCCCGUCCUUUUGUGCGCCUGCCAAAAGUCAGCAGUCAUUUGCAUGUAUUUUUAUUUCAAGCUGACUGGAUGAAAUGGCAAAAUUAAUUCCAAGCUUUAGUGAAUUGUCUGCUAAAACCUGGCUCACAUGAGGAGCAUCACUAUUGACUUUCAGAGUGCAAUCACUCCGUGCUCUUCAGAUAUAUUUUUGUACACACAAGAUUCACUUCACAAUUUAUCCCACCCCGGCCCUGCAUGUCACACCUGUCACCUGCACACCUGCAGCAUGACUAAACCUCCUGAAGAAAAUGUGGUCUGAGGUUAGUCCAGCAUGAUUUCAUUGAAGCUCAGAGGUGCUUUGAAAAGGAAAACUUACUACUGUGCAUUUGCAAAACCUUUUAGUGCCUGCUUGCUGGGCAGCUUGGGCAGGAGACAAUUUGGAAGCUGCCGGAGUCAGUGGAAAUUUGUGGAGACAGGCUUUCCUAGGAUUUUUCCUUCUUUUACUGGGUUUGCUUUUCUCUGGGUUCUGCUCAGAUCAAAUGUGGUCCUGCAAAAGAAAACCCACAAGAAAACAAAAACCCAAAUAACCAUGACAAAAUAAGGUCUAUGCCAAUCCCCACAGAAGCUGAGGUGGCUGAUAUAGGACGGUAGGGAUGACGUGAACUCCGUUGUGGACCCUUUGCUUGCAGGAGCUUGCAUGCUGUUCUUUUGGCAGUUGUCUCAAGCCCUGGGGGCUUUGGGAAUGGUGCUUUCCCAGGGUUAUGAUUGCUGGUUUUAUUUUUCCUUGGAGCUCAGGUGUAUUCUGGUGCAGAGAAUCUCAGCCUGGUUUGAACGAGGAGAUUUGAGGCUAUCCCAAAUAGACGUGGGCAAACCUUUCACUGUGUGCAGAACGCAUUUCCAGACCUUUGGGUACCGCUAGAGAUUGUUGCAAUCCACUUAAUUCUCCAUGAGCACGUUCAGAAUCUCUUCAUUGUUCUGUUGUGUUUGAACUUGGGAAUAAUGGUGUGGUGACUCUUUCCUGUCGAGGUGUGAUGUGAAGAAAGGGAGGAGCUAUCCUGCUGUGCUGGGUAUUGCCUGUGUUCAACCUUUGUUCCUUACUUGAAGCUCAGACAGUGGGAUAAUGAGAAAAAUGGGAAAAUGAGAUAACGGAUCGCUGCAUAUGUUCCAUUGGCUCUUUGCUGAUGAGGAGGGAGGCAACUGGUGACUAUUAAAAUAAAUCUGCAUAAACCAUCUGGACCUCAAUGUAUAUUCAGACAUGCACAGAAACCAAUUGGAAAGUGAUGAUCUUGAUAACAGGAUGCGGAUACCUUUUCCUGUCCUAUAUUAAAAACCUAAAAAUGAAACCAAACCAAAACCAAGCCCUGCAAACAGAAAAAAAAACUAUUUGAGAGCAGAAACCUUCCUGUGCCCUCCCCAUUCCUUUGGGACACAUGCAGCAAGGCAACUGUUUGAAAGCCAGGCACUUUGUAAUCCGCGGAGUUAAUUGGAUUUGUGCAAUGCUGUGUUUGUCAGAUGGUCUCUUACAGAGAGCGUAGAAAGUGGCCACGGUCUAAAAGUCAUUGCAGAUUUCUGGGUGACAGUACUCCUGGGUUUCGACCCCAGCUCUGCCACGAAGUUGCUGUGUAACCUUGGGCAAGUGAUUUAACCUUUCUGUGCCUACAGUUUACCCAUCUGUACAUGGGUAUAAUAAUAUUUACCUACCUCACAGGGGUGUUGUGAGGCUUAAGUUAAAGUGUGUGAGAGGUGCUGGAAGUGCACCGUGAAAAUUUCAUUCUUGCUGGGUUUGUGCUGUUGUGGGGGAUGAGCAGUGAAGGGGUGGGUUACAACAUGCAGAAGGAAAACCUGCUGGUGCAUGUCUUGAGAAAGUGAUUUGAAGUCUUUUCUCUCCCCAAAAGCAAGGAACGGAGAAAAUUGUUGUGCGCCAACUGAAUAGCCUUGCUUUCCUGGUCAAAUGUAACAGCACUAUUUGCAAUAUUAUUUUCUUACACAACAGGUGACCUUUCCCUUUUCCUUGCUGUUUCUGAAAACUUGAAACUAAAGAUGACAAAAGUAUUUCUGAACCGAACAGAUUACUGAUGAAUACUUGAAUUCCUUUAAAAGUUGCUCUCAUCAGCCACGGUUAAAUGUGCACUAAUCUUUCAGUCAUCAGCAUCCAUCUGAAUACAGUGAAAAAUUUGCUCACGCUGUUUUGGAAUAGCCUGGACCUUAUUUGGGAGGCUGGUAUUGCUGAGGACUCUUGUAGGCAUGGGAAAACUAGUGUCUCAACUGAUAAACACGUGAAAAAAUAUCUUUUUUUUCUUUCUGUUUUUGCCUUUUAAGUUCCUUGACUGCCUAAGACAGCACAAUAAUUGCAGUUUACUUGGUUGUACAGUAGCUUUUUUUUUUGCUUUUUUUUUUUUUUUUUUUGGUUUUUGAACUGUUUCCUUAUGCAAAGGGUGAAGGUGGGAUGUGAAAGGAUAAAAUAGACCCAACGCUGCUCCCGUGCAACUCUUCCCGAAGUCCCUGCUUUCCUGGAGAAAAAACCUGUGCCACACCUAGAGAGACCAGACCAGGCUGCCUUCACCAUCCUCCUGCAGGCAAAACUUCCCUUGCCACCUGUGGGAGUUUUGGCUGUUGGUUCCGUGUCCAUCGAGGUGGAUUCAUCCCUGGUUGAGCCCCAAGCCACGUGGGUGAAAGCCAGGAUAACUUUCUUUAGAAAGAGGGAAGGGAUCCAGUUCAUUGCUCCAAAUGUCACCACUGGUCAGAUGAUUCAGAAGGGAAAAACAUGUGAUAGAAAGCCUGAGGUUUAGAGGGUUUUUUUGUCUUUUUAUUGUCUAAGUGUCCUGACCGUUGUAUGAUGUCUCUUGUGGGAAUGCAAUGCCAGGCAGGACUCCCUGCUCCCUUUUGAACAAGAUUUGUGAAGUCUGCUCACACACUCCUUACUCAGGCAAAACUCCUGGGUUUUGUUGUUGGGUCUCCUUUUCUGUCCUGAGUAAGGACUGUGGAGUCUGGUCUGUUUGGGAUCACUGGGAGGUGUUUCAGGUGUCCAUUGUCUUCUCUAGCCCAAGACUUGCCUUGCAUGAAGCAAGAAGGAAGCUCUGGCUUGGUCUGCCACGUACCUUCCCUGUCCCUUCCCUGUAUCUACCAUGGGGAGGGAGUUCAAAAUCUUCUGGCUACAGGGGCCAGGCUCUUCCACCUGAAUUUCCAGGCAGCUGCACAUCUUCCCGUUGGGGCAGAGCAAAUUUAGAAGCCCCACUCCUGCAGAUGGGCCGUCGCUCACCCGCAUCGGCUUUGGGUCUGCUUCUUCCCCGUCCUUCUCCCCAGCUGUUUCUUUGCUCUGUUUUAAGCACUCAGCUUGGUGCAUCUGGGUUCUUCUUACUUCUUCUGUUCAAAAAAAAAAAAAAAAAAAUUGAUGUUGGGAAAAAAAAACAGCAAUGUAACUCCUUUGGUGCUAUGCUAACUGCUUUGUUUGACCCAACCAAAUGCUGGCCAACAAACUAAUAUUCCCUCUUUGUCCUAAAAAGCACCACACAUCUGUGUCUUGAACAGGGAUGGACUGAGAGGGCUGAGAGAGGGCAAGUGUGGUUUUGAAAGCAAUGUGUAUCUGGUAGAGCGAAAAGAUGUAGGUGCAGACUGCUUUCAAAGCUCAUCGUUGCCCACCUCGUGGAAUUAAAUAGGAUAUAGCCUAUAAGGUAUUGAGGGCAUUAUAAUAUAUAAAUAUAUAUAUUUUAAAAAAAAUUCAAGAAGUUCACAUUAUUGAUAAAUCACCCUUUAAUUCUCCUGAAAUUGUGCUGUUUAACAGGGAAACCACCUGGCUGUGCAUGCACCCUGUUGUUUUGGUAUGACCCACUUUGGCAGUGAGAGUAAAACAGCAGGAAGAGAGAGAAUUCUUCCUACUAUAUAUUAAGCCUGAAGUGAAGUGGGUGCCUAUGAAUUUUCAGAAUUAAAGGGAUUAAUCAACAUGUAUGUCUGAGUCUAUAUCCCCAGUCCCAUGGAAAUAUAGGUGAGCAUACAUGCCAUGUUACUGCAGCAGUAUAUAUGUUUUAAUAUAUAUGAACACAUUGUGAAUUCCAAAGGGCUUUUUCAAGAUGAGGAAGGUCAUUCCUGGUGAGAGGUGCUAGCAAUUUGGGAUUUGCAAGCAGGGUUGAAAUAAACAUUCCUUGAAGGUUUUUCUUUUUUCUUCUUCUCUUUAAUUGAAAGACCAUCAGAAGCUUAAAGUCCUGAGGAAAUGCUGUCCCACCUAUCUUCCACUUCUUAAGAAAUUUGGAAGCCAAAUUUGACAAAACAUGAGGGCCAAACACAGCAUCAGGAUAAAUCAGAAGAGCUCCACUGAUGGCCAGGUGCCUCCUUACACUAUCUAUGCUAAAAACACUAAUUUCUACUGGUAUGGGGAGCCCAAACAGGGCCCUAUUGGUCUUUUCCUUCAACUGUGACAAUAGAUUUCAUGCUUGAGCUUGUAGAGUUUGUCAAAACCCAGGCAAAACUUGUGCAAAAGCAGGAGUAUCUUUCCAAGAGGAGCCAUCUGAGUCUAGCCUACCCCUGAUCUCUAUGGGGGCUUUUCAGUCCCUGGCUUUAGCUGAGGAAGAGAUAGUUUCUCCUUUCACCAGUAUCAGCACUGCAAUGAGAACAGCCCUGUCAACACGCGCAGCAAACGGGGCCCUCCUUUGCAGGGAGUAAACCCUCCAAAUCUGAUUUCAAGCCCUUAAAAUUCAAAUGCCAAAUGCCACUUGAAGGCAAUGAUUAUUGUUUUGCCUCCAGAUGCCAUUCCCAUUCAUCAGUCACAAGGACAAGCAGCUCAUGUUUUCCUUUCUAGCUGUAUUUACCAAUAAAACUUGCUGCCAGUGCCAGAACUUCCUCCCCUCAGCCCCAGCUGAACGCCACCUGCAUGCCGCCCCGCCUUUCCUCUCCUUCUUCCACUCUAAAACCAAACGCUGUUCCUUCCUAACUAGGGAAAAUCCAGGACAAGUGCCAGCUGAUUACACCUGCAAUCUGUUCUCUUGAGGGGUUGCUUUCAGUUUCUGAGGGCACGCAAGUGCACACAGGGACACACGCCUGCAGGAAUUUCAGCAGCCUGAAGAUGAAACCUCUUGACUUCAACUGGGUGAUUUUUGGGGUCGUCCCAUGCAGGGCCAGGAGUUAGACUUCUAUGAGCCUUGUGGGUCUCUUCCAGCUCAGGAUAUUCUGUGAUUCUCUGAGCGCACACUGUGGGAAAACUACAGACAAAGUUCUCCCCAAGCAACCCCCUCAAAUUACUUCAAUUUCACACCAUUCCCAUACAAUCUGGGGUUUUUUUCAAUAAUCAUUGAAGUCUCAGUAUCAACAUACAAAUUCAUUAUGGAUAAGAGGUAGGGAAAGUGGACUGGUUUGCACUUAUCCAUAGACUUCCCAGAACUACUCGAGGAAUUAAACAAGCCUUAAAUUGGAUGUAAUUGCAGACGUUUGAAGGAGAGCUAUGAUGUGUGUUUUCUGAAGGAGGGUCUAAAUAGGUAUCACAGCCAAAUCCCUUUGUCUCCCAUCUUUU